AUGACUAACUCGGGGCCUAUUAUUACUUCAAAACAUCUUGAAACAUUAAAGAAAUACUUAGAAAAAGAUACUAUCGAAAGAGGCUACGUUUACUAUCAUCAAAAAGUAAAUAUUGAGUUAGAUAUAGUUGACCAGUUUAUAAAGGGUUAUACUGAAAUUCAUCUUAAACCAAUUCGAUUUGAUAUCCAUGAGAUAAAACUUAAUUGUCGUCAAUGUGGUGAAAUUAUUAUUCAAAUUCCAGAUGAAAUGUUGAAUAUUCCCAUAUUAGAUGAGGGCGGUGAAUGGAUUCCUAUAAUUGUAAAUGUUGAUUUUACACUAGAAAAACCCAAAUCUGGUAUUUAUUUCAAACAACCAGAUUCAAAUAUUCCAAAUAAACCUAAUGAAUUUUAUGAACCAAAUGCAAAUAUUGAAAAUUUCGAUAGAAUGAUGGUAGUUACCAGCGGAAAUUUAUUAGAGAUUAUUGAAUCACCUAAUAAUCACCAUAAUAAGAGAUUGUUUCAUUAUAGGCUGCCUGUGCCAAUUCAAGCUCAACAUAUUGGAUUAGUUUGUGGACCUUUUCGUUCUCCUUACAUUUUACAUUAUCCAGGUGAAAACGAUCUACCAGAAAAUAGACCACUUAUUACUGCUUAUUUCCCUUCAAGAUUGGAAGAAUGGAUUAGACCGACACUUUAUCCUAAUCAGGAGGGUGCUGAUACUUUUUGGAUACAUUGGGCAUUUGAUUAUUUUAUCGAAGGGUAUUCUCAUUUUAAGAUCCAUCCCGAGUUUGACAAACGAAACCCGAAAGUUAAACCUGGAAAAUUUCCAUUCAAUUGUUUUCAUAUAGUAUUUGUUGAAAAUGCUUAUAAUGAUAUUACAGUAUGUGCUGGGAUGGUAAUAUGUCGUACAAGUUUAUUAUAUAAUGAGCAUAUAAUAGAACAAGUAUUUGUCACGAGGCGUCUUUUAAUAAAUGCAAUAGCUCAGCAAUGGUUUGGAAUUUUUAUUCCUCCUCAUUCAUGGCGUGACUUUUGGCUUGCAAUCGGUUUAUCAAAUUAUUUUACAACCAUGUAUCUUGAAAAAAUAUUUGGCGAACAAGAAAUUCAAUUAUCACGCAAACUUACACCAAUUGAAACAAGAGAAUUGGAGUUUCUAAAUUUAAAAGCUCCACUUGUUCUUUGGAUGCUUAACAAUAGAUUGCCAUUUUUUGAUUAUCAUCGUGGAAUACUUGGAAUUAUUUAUUUGAUAUUGAAUCGUGCUAAGGAAACAUCCUACCAUAACUUUAGACCUGGUUAUCUGGAAACCAAAGAAUUUUUCAAUUUGUGUAAAGAUGUUAUUCGCCAAGAACUCCGUGAUGAAAUCAAACAAUUUAAAAAACAAUGGAUAUACGGGUCUGGUUGUCCUAUUUUUAAAAUCAAUGCUAAUUUCAACAGGAAAAAGAUGACGGUUGAAUUUAAAUUUGUACAACAAAAUUCGAAUUUAGUUCAUUCUGAUUUAGAAAAGAAAAAAUCAAAUGAUAAAAAAUCAACAACUACACAUGCCGAUGAUCACAAAAAGCAUACUUCCUUAUUCACUGGACAGAUGGAUAUUGCUAUUAAUGAACCCGAUGGUGUAGAAUAUAUUCAUACUAUCUAUAUUCGAGAGAAGACUGAAACAUUUUCACUUCCAUAUCAUACCAAAUAUAAACGGUCCAAGAUAACUCUUAAACCUAGAUUUGUAAGGAAAAGAGGAACAUUUGAUUCCUAUGUUCCGCUCGAAUUAAUAGAAGAACAAUCUAGAAUUUAUCCUGUUCUUUGGGGAAUGGAUCCAGAAAUUAAUGAAAGAGAUGAAUGGAAAAUUAUUGAAUGGGCUGAUCCGUCUCGUCAACAGAGCACUAGUGAUCAUUGGGAUUGGAUACUUAUUGAUCGUGCUUUUAGUUGGAUUGGCAAAUUCGAUUUUGAACAGCCCGAUUACAUGUGGGCUUCUCAACUAGAAUCAGAAGGCUCUGUUGCAGCACAAUACGAAUUUUAUAAUAACACUACAUUGGAAAAAAGUCCUUCGGCUGCAUGCUCUACAACGUUAUUAAGAACAUUACGAGAUUGGAGGUAUCAUUACAGAUGUCGUACGAGUGCCGCAAUGGCAAUGGCAAAAUGCGCAACAAAUGAACUUAAUUAUAUAGGUUUACAUCAAUUACUGAAAACUUACGAAUAUGAUUAUUGUGAACGCGUGGAUGAUCAAAUCAUACCGAAAACGAAUAAUUUUUCGGAUUGGGAGGAGUAUUUUGUCCAGAAGUCGAUUCCAAUUGCUCUUUCAAAUAUAAGACAAACAGGUGGUGUUACUCCAGUUGAUGUAAAAGAAACUUUAGUUGAUAUGUUAAAUUGGAACGAUAAUUCAGAGAAUCCGUAUGCCGAUGAUUAUCUUGUGGCAACGUAUAUCGAAUCACUAGGAUAUUCAUUCGUGCAAUUUGAAGAAGAGUCUGAUCAAGGUGUUGAAAUUUUCGAUUUAGCAGGUGAUUCUAAUGCUUAUUUAAAAGAAACGUUGGAAAUUCUUAAUAGAUACAAAUUUCGUAAUGAUUUAUUCAAUUCGUAUCACUCAGUUAUACUAUCAUCAAUUAUAAUGGCAAAAGCAAGAUUGAUGAUGAGCCAAGUGAUCAAUGUUGAUGGAAAAGAACUUUUGGUUUAUACAAUAUAUGAUAAUUAUAUAAAUGUUCGAAUAACAGCGCUAAAAGCAAUCAUUGAUUUAGAACUUCACAAGAAACCAGAGGUAAUGUCAUAUAUUAAUCAACUUAUUGAAACUGAUCCUGAUCUUGGUGUUAGGAAAUUUCUACAAUAUAGAUUUGGAUCAGAUUUUGGACCAUAUUGUUGGGAUCUUCCGAUCAAAAAACGAACAUAUCCAUUGCUAAAAAUAAAGUUAUAA